AUGAAUGUCGCGCGCGGAAGGUCCGGUGCGACGGCAUCCAACCCGUCUACAUCGCUGUUCGAUCAGGUCUCACCUUCAGACCAGACAUCGGGGCAACUCAGUCCAUCACAAAGGGUUCCUCUCGGCCGGUUUGAUGGAAGGAAUGGCUUCGCUGCAGGUAAUGCAGUUUACCGUCGUUUGCAACGUCCUUUAGAUACUGAAGGACGAGAUGAUGGCGUGAAUGCGAUGAUGGGUUCCCUGGAGGAAGAGCGCCAGACACAAGGGUUCUUUGGCAGCUCAAGUGCUACCAGUUUCAUGCGUCAGAUCAAAACAGCCGUGGAAAAGAGGGUGGACUCACCCGACCGCCGAACAUCUGAGUCCAUACUGGGGACUGCGCCGCAAUCGAGUCUUCUGCCUAUGAGGACUGAGAGACCCUCGACCAUAUCCAACUAUGUACUUCCCCCAAGGAAGACUGCCGAUAGCCUUAUGGAUGUGUACUGGCGCUUUGUGUUUCCCCUCUACCCGCUGGUAGAUAGCAUCCACUUGCGAGCGGAGUAUAUGAAGAUCUGGACGGGAGACGCGCUCGACUCCGACGAGAACAUGCUCAUGUGCACGUUCAACGUCAUCUUUGCUUUAGCCUGUCAAUUGGCUGAUUUCAUCCCGCCUGACGAGCGCGAAGCAUCUGCAGAUGCUUUCUUCUCUCGUGCAAAAGACCUCCUACACUUCAACCUCUGGCACGGUGGCUCUGCUGCUCUGAUACAAUGCCUUCUGCUGAUGGCUCAAUACUUGCAAAGCACCGACUCGGCACAUCAAUGCUGGAUUGUCACUGGUUUAGCGAUUCGGAACGCUCAAAGCCUCGGCCUGCAUCUUCCACAGACCAUUGCCCGUCUACCGAGCUUCCAAGACCAGCAACUAGCACGGAAAAUCUGGCACGGAUGUGUUCUUAUGGACAGGGUUAUCUCGAUGACAUUCGGACGACCAGCUAUGAUCUCCAAGGCAUCCUGUGGCUCUGUCCCGCUGCCGGCCACAGUGGACGAAGAGUACAUUCCCGAGUCUCUGGCUGGUGAAGUGAGACAACCCACCGACCGUCCUUCCGUCAUGGCUUUCUACGCAAAGUCCCUUGAGCUCUACGAGAUUCUAAACGAUAUUCUACUCAGCCUCUACAAACCUGUCCCCGAAGAAAACCCAGAAGACAUUUACGAUUUCUACUUCAACAAGGGACCAGCCGAGAGCGAACGUACGGUCUUCGAACUCGAUCGAGCUCUCACCAAAUGGACUCAGAGUCUUCCGGCCCAUCUCCGAGGAGAUACAUCCUCCAUGCCUGAGGAUGCGGUAUUCUAUCACCAGAGUGUAGUUUUGAGAGCUCGAUUUCUACAUGUCCGGAUGCUUCUUUUCCGACCGAUUUUGUCCAAAUACUGUACUGCUCGCGAGAUUACACCACAUGAUCCGCUUAUCUCAGUGAAUGAUUCAUUCCCUCAGCGAGUUGCGCAGCAGUGCUCCAUCAUCUGUGUCAAGGUCGCGCAAGAGGUCAUUGAAUUAAUCCACAGCAACAUCCCUGCCGACGGCACUACCGGUCCACUUCCAGCCUGGUGGUACAACAUUCUCUCUCGACGGUGCGUCGCAGCAUUGGAGAUCCUCUACGAAAAGGUCGUUUCGGAAGGACCGCCACGGAACGAGCCGUCAACCCAUGCUCAAACCAGCACUUUCAACACCACGAACGACAUGUCCCUCGGCGAAGGCAUGAAUGCAAUCUUGCUGGAUGGGUUUGAUAUACCUGAUUUUCAGGACAUGUCAUGGCUGAACAGCGUGCCGAGUAAUCUUUAUUGA